AUGAGCCAUCUUGAACACGACGCCGCACUAGUGAUGGGAGCCGAAGAACUCUCCAGGCUGGAGCUGCUUCCCGCUGAGCUGGUAUACAGCAUCUUAUCUCACCUUUCACCCUUUGAUCUUGUCGCUGUCUCGGCGACAUCACGCACCCUCUACACCCGUGCCAGUGCCGAUCACCUCUGGCAAGCUCUGAUUCAAGAAAACGUCCCUGGUAUCCAAGUCAGGACUCCAGCACCAUGCCGGAGCUUCAAAGCUCUCUACCGGGCCCAUGAUCCCUACUGGUACCUGCCAAAAUACAAGAUAUGGUUCGCAGAUGUCAACCUCACCGGCAGACUCAUCAUCGUCCGCUACGACCCCCGAAGGGGCUGCAUCGAAGGCUACCAACUCGUCGCCGCAAACCGAAGUCGCACCUUUCAACCCUGGGAAGCCAACCGCGACGUCUCGAUUCACCACUUUGACCCUGUCGUUCAACUUCACAUGGACAAGACCCUGAUCCAGCUGGACGCCGUCGACUCUGCCGACUCUCUUGCCUUCGACUCGGACAGUCCGGCUUGGGCCCGUUUCAACACCAUCAACCUCCGCCUUGUCCGUUCUCGCACCUCCUCGAUGGAAGGUAACUUCUCUCGCUCACCCUCCCCAGCUUCAAUCGCUCCGCCUAAACCCUCACGUCUCUUCUCUGAGCGUCAAAUGCAGAAUUACACCGACUCGAUGUAUGCAACCAUCUUCCACACCCGCGUCCUUUCCUCCGACGAGAUCGCCUUCUGCGCCUCCCCCAAGUUUCCCUACGGCUUCAUCUGGCCACCCCCCGCCAUCCCCUCGGGCCACCGCGUCUUCGGAACAGCCGCCAAGCUCUCCAGUGGACAGCACUUCAAACCAGAGACCCGCCCCUCCUCCCGUUCCGACCUCUCCGACAAGGCCUUUGUGAUCAAGACAUGGCUUGCCACGCGCAUCCCCGGCCGAGCUGUUUACAAUAUGUCCGUCAUCGCAGAUCCGUUAACCGUAAGCAUGAGGAACCUGCCCCUUGCCGUCCGGGGAGACGACGCCGUAGACGACGCCCUAGACGACGACGUCUCAAUCCGGAUGCAGAUAGGGCAGGAACUCGCUACUUAUGCCACACUGGACCCGAAACUGUACACCCCGACAAAAGAAAAGCCGUUUAGGGGGAUCUGGGUAGGGGAUUACUCGGGUCACGGGUGUGAAUUUCUUCUUGUCACGCAACCAGAUGAUGAGACGCCUUUUGAUGCCGAGAGUAUCCAACCCCGUGAGCAAGAGUCACCCGACGAGUUUGAGAAGCGAAAACACGACGAAACUGUCUAUCGUGGUCCGCUGGAGGCGGUUAAACUUACGGGUGACCCUAACGUUCCCCGAGGGGAGGUGACCUUUCGAGUUGCGGACCUAGGAGAAAGGGGGCUCGUCAAUAUCUGCCAAUAUGAACCGUUUGAGGGGGUGAGGAUUGUGAAGAGCAAGGGACAUGUGGGCUCGACGGGAUUUGUCAAUGAUAGCUUUAUUGAGUCGCAGUUGUUGUUGAUCAGCCACGAUAGGCUGGCGCAGUAUUGGUCUGAGUUUGGCCAUGUGAGUUUCCUUCAGAGGGUGGAUAUUGAUGGGUUUUUGGCCCCGGCGUAG